AUGUCUCUCAAGAUUGUCCUCAUCCUUGGAGCCGGCCCUCGAGUUGGUGCCGCUGUUGCCGAGAAGUUUGCUGGUAACGGUUACAAGGUUGCCCUUGCAUCUAGAAAGGGAAGCAAUUCCAAGAACGAAAAGGGUUAUCUAUCCGUCAAGGCAGACUUUGUACAGCCUGAUUCCGUCUCGUCCGCCUUUGACGCGGUCAAGACUGAGUUCGGGGCAUCGCCAAGUGUUGUUGUUUAUAAUGCUGCUUCUCUCACGCCUCCUCCUGAUCCCAAGUCGGCCUUGUCUAUUACGUCCGAGAGUUUCAAGUCGGAUCUGAGUAUCAACACAAUCAGUGCAUAUGUUGCUGCCCAGAAUGCUAUCGCUGGAUGGGAGACGCUCCCUGCUGAGACUAAGAAGUCGUUCAUUUUCACUGGUAAUGGACUGAACACAACUGUUCCCCCGGCGGCUUUGAUGUUGACUCUGGGGGUUGGUAAAUCAGCUUCGGCCUACUGGCUCGGCGUUGCUGAUGCCAACUAUGCUGAUCGAGGCUAUCGUUUCUUCUACGCCGACGAGCGCACUGAGAGUGGUGGGAUGAAAGGUUUGGACCUUGAUGGCGAAGCACACGGCGACUUCUAUGCUCAACUUGCAGCCCACGAGAAGAAUAUUCCGUGGCACGCAACUUUCGUCAAGGGCAAGGGCUAUGCCAAGUUUUAA